AUGUCGACCAAAAAAUUAGUUGUCUGCGGCGGUAACGGCUUCCUCGGAUCGAGAAUAUGCAAAUCGGCAGUCGCGAGAGGAUGGGACGUGACAUCCAUCAGUCGCUCUGGUGAGCCAACUUGGUCCUCCGUCACCUCAUCUCCAAAUCCGCCAGCUUGGUCCCACAAAGUAACCUGGGAACGCGCCGACAUUCUCAAGCCCAAGACCUACGCUCCACUCCUCAAAGACGCAGACUACGUCGUCCAUAGCAUGGGCAUCCUCCUCGAAGCCGACUAUAAGGGUGUCGUAUCCGGCAAGGAAUCCCCGAUAUCCGGCCUCAAGCGAGCUUUCUCUGCUACGAAGGGCGGAUCCCAGAACCCGUUGACGAGGAAGGACGACGAGGAUCUCUUACCGCAGGAGACAGAUGGCCAAUUGACUUACGAGAUCAUGAAUAGAGACUCGGCUAUUGCGUUGGCACAAGUAGCGAAUAAGGAGAACGUCCCGGCAUUUGUGUAUAUUAGCGCUGCUGGUGGAGCGCCUGUCUUACCAGCGAGAUAUAUCCAGACGAAGAGGCAGGCAGAGAGCACGAUUAGCAGCGAGUUCCCGAAGAUGAGGAGCAUUUUUAUCAGACCUGGGUUCUUGUACGAUAGUUCGAGAUCCUUCACGGUGCCCCUGGCGGCGAUGACUGGCUUGGGAGCGGCUUUCAACAGUCUCACUGGAGGAAUAUUUGGGGGAAUUAUGGGUGCUGCAGGGGUGAAGCCUUUGAAGGCGGAUCUGGUGGCGGAUGCGGUUGUAGAGGCUUUAGGUGAUGAUACCACGAAAGGACCCGUCGAUUUGAAGGAGAUCGAGGACCUGGCACAAAAGGCAUGGAGGAAAGGAAUGCUCUGA